GAAGUACGCUUUGGUGGCCCUUAACCAUAACAACAACAAUAAUAACUAGUCAUUUGAUAAGCUGGGGUUUACCCCUCACCUUAUCUGUGUCAGGUGUUUUUGUACGUUUCCAUCCUGCUUUAAUAUCCUGCGCAGGCAAGCUUUUCCUGACAUUAGGUGUAAAUAAUUUUGCUGUCUGAAAGCAUGGCUAGUCGUGGGACAACUGAAACACAAAAGUUACGGCAGCAGAUGGAAGAUCAACUGGACCGAUUAGUGGCACAGUUGUCUGAUCUUGAAGAAUGCAAAGGAGAAUUAGACCCAGAGGAGUAUGAAGAGGUUCGCAAAGACACCAUUGAACAGUUAAAUGAAUUUCAGUCGUCACUCUCACGUAUGACUAGUGGUGACAUGACACUAGUUGAUUCCUUUAAUGCAAUGCAGUUGGCUAUCCAGGCAGCAAUAUCUCAAGCUUUUAAAACACCAGAAGUCAUCCAAAUGUUUGCAAAGAAGCAACCAGAUCAGCUGCGAGAGAAACUAACUCAGGUUGAGAGAGAUCACAAGAUUGGCAAGCUUGCCUUAGAAACUUACACACAGCAAAAGGUUGAGAUUCUAAGUGCACUGCAGAAAUUGGGCGAAACUUUGGCAGCAACUGAGCAAAGUUACUUAGAUUCUCAUGCCUCCUCUCUCAUGAAAAACUUCGACCAGAUUACUGAUGAGACAGGCUCCAGUCAGAAGGUGUUGGAAAUGGCUCGUCAGGGACUUCACUAGCAAUGAUAAGGUAGUAAAGUUGAUGAUGCUACCUGCACACAUAUAUAAAAGGGUUAAUGAGAUGGCCUUCCUUCAUAUAAUGUUGUAAUGGAACUUCCAAAUAAUGAACUACAUAAUUAGGGAAAAGGAAGUGUCUAAUUUAGUGAAAAUCCAUUUUAUUCAAAUUCCAAUGAAGUGAACUAUGCCCAUCUCAUUGAAGGAAUAUUGGUUGUGGACAAAUAUCCACUGUAGCGACCUAGCUUGCUGUAUUGAUGAACUAUUGGACAUACUAAGAAUAAACCAGAGCAAUACAACAUAAUACAUUACAGUACAGUACCUGUACCUAGAAAGGAAAAUUAAAAGUACAAUACAGUAAGCUUUCUUACUUCAUGGUGGAUAGAUGAGCUUAUACAGUGGACCCCCGGUUAACGAUAUUUUUUAAUUCCAGAAGUAUGUUCAGGUGCCAGUACUGACCGAAUUUGUUCCCAUAAGGAAUAUUGUGAAGUAGAUUAGUCCAUUUCAGACCCCCAAACAUACACGUACAAACGCACUUACAUAAUUGGUCGAUUGGGAGUGAUCGUUAUGCGGGGGUCCACUGUAUAUGCAUUUCCCUGUGGUCUAGUGGUGACUCAGAAUUCAUAAUGAGUCAGAGGCACUGUAAAGCUCCAGCAGCAGGACUGCAGAUGGUGAGGGAGAUGUACAUAGCCUACUAAUAGAUAGUUUGAGAAAUGUAGAAUGAGGAACAAAUUUCAAAAAUGAAUUCACCUUCAUGAGUUUGGCACAUUGAUGCUGUUCCCUUAUGACAAAUUUCCUACAAGUGUGGAAGUGCUGAUAAUAGGCCUGCACUUCUCUUUUCUAAGACAUCAGCACAUAUGAGAACAUGAUCUCAUUUCUUUGCCCCUGUUAUCACUAUUCUUUUCAUUUAUGGGGUACCAAAGGCUAGUUUGACAUAUAUAUUUUCUGGGCUGAAAAAUUAAUCUAGUAAUAGUAAAAUUAAUACAAUACUGCCUAUCUGAUCCAACUUAUAGAUCAGGGGAUUAUUGUAAGUCUGUAAGAGUUGUAUCAGUCAAGAUAUUAAAGAUAAAGUAUUGAUAGCAAGUGAGUAGGAAGAGAAUUUGGAAAAAGAUACCUGAGGCCAGUGUACAAUGGGAAACAUCAAGAAGUAUAACCUGAAGUCUGUCAUCUUCUGCCUUGCAGCAUUAUGGAAGGAACUGAAAAAUUACUAUAUUAGCUAAUGGUUGGAAGAAACUGUUAAGUAAUGUUGAUACUGAGCUGAACUUUUAGAGGUUCAAGGCUGCCACUGAUUUUCAUCAAACCCUUUAGAGGGCAAGAGAAAUAAAAAUUACUGAGGAAGAAGUGAUUGAAUUGUUGGAAGAAAAUGGAGAGCCUGGUUAUCAUACGUCUAGUGAUGCAGAAAUUGCAGACAAUAUGAGAUUAAUUUUUAAGCCCAGAAAAUAUAUAUGUCAAGCUAACCUUUCUUACCUAUGUCAUAACUGACAGAUAACUCUUUCAUGUAAUCUCUUAAAGACUGUGAUGUACACUUACAGCUUUAGCACAGGAUAAUGGUGAGAUGAGGUCUUUGUAUGCCUUAUGACCUAGUGUCUUUUCUUCAUGCUGAAAGGUUUGUUUUGGCAAUUGUCAAAACAGACCAAUCCCAUUAUCAUUAUACAGUUGAGAUAGGAGGAUUGCUUCACUCGCCAUCAGAUCAUUUAACAACAAUUUGAAUGGCUCAAUUUUUGUCUAUGGGUACAUUGCCACCCUUGCCAUGUUUUCUAUUAAUUAAGGCAUAGUGUUUGCCUAUGAAAGUGCCAAAGCCAACAGUCAGUGGCCACAAAUUCUAUGCCCAUAUCACUUGCAAGUAUCUUAGCAGUAGAGUGAAGGCCAACAGAACAAAUGCAAACCCCAGCAGCAUGUAUAGAGCUUACAUCCCCAAGCUGUGGCCCAUGGGCCGCAUGUGGUGAUUCUAGGAAAUGGAUGUGGCCCUCGCACAGAAUUAUGAAUUCACUUUUAUGUAGAUUCCACACUGCAGCACUCACCACACAUUGAGCCAUCAGAUGUGGCCCACUUGUGCAGGAAGGUUGAGGACCACUUCUGUAGAGCAUACCAUUUAUACACUGCUGCUUCAGCCUUUGUAUUGUGGGCCAUUUUCAUAUGCUCCCUGGGAAUAGCUAAAGAACUGUAUUUGGUAGCCUCUUUGUAGUAUCUGUUGUAAGUUUUUUCUUGCUUCUAGGGAUGUCAGAUACUUUUUUUUUGCUACAACAUACUCCUCACACACCCAGGCCACUGAAAUGUCUACUUCCAACUUCCUUAUUUAAUUCAAGUUUUUUGCUUUAACAGUCAAGGUCACACACUUCUUGGUACAUUAUUAUUAUAAUCAUAACUAAGUACUAAAUCACCUUGGUACAGUCACUUGCUUUAGAGGCCAUUGUUAAUAAUACUGUACAGGGUACUUUAGUAAUGAAAAAACUAUGUAAAUCCAGUAAAAAUUGCAGACCAAAUGAUGAUGGUAUGCGAGUGCGCACACAGACUAACGAGCGCCGAGUCACUAGACCUGCUGCCAUGAUUAUUAUAAUCAAAAAGAAGCGCUAAGCCACAAGACCUGCUGCCAUGAAACAAUGAGAAUGGACACAUUGAAGACAAUGCCUGGGCUGGACAAACUUGCAAUGAAGUGGACUUGAUCCACUUCAUCAAUGAUAUGAGUGGACCAGACAGCCAUACAAUGCAGUAAUUUGGUCCACUACAUUGCUGCUUUUACUAGACACCCCAUGCAGUUGAAGCGUUAGGCUUUCAUCUGCCUGGAUUUUUUGUCAUUUUUAUUUUAAUGGAGGUCUAUUAUACUGAGGUUUUACUCUGCUUUUUUUUUUUUUUUUUUUUUCUACAUUCAAUAUACUGUGCCUUCUGGUUGCAGCGCUGUAUAGUCCUUGUGGCUUAGCGCUUCUUUUUGAUUAUAAUAAUAAUAAUGUGCCUUCUGGUGAUAUUUUACAUACUCAAACACUGCUUUGUCCUUCCUAAUAUGGUGACCCUUCACUUGUGUGGGGGAUGCUUUCCUGGAAAACUGUGCAAGAAGUAAAUUGCCACAAAUUGAAUACAGUAUAAGCUACAUGGGUAAAAUAGUUAUUUUGUAAAUGCCUUUGUCACAUUUUGUUUUCCACUCAAGAAACAUGUACAGACACUUCUUUGUCAUAAUUAUUUAAAAUGUACGAUGCUCUGAACAUGCCCAGACCAAUAUUGUAGUUUUCACAAAUGGGUGAAAGGGUAAGGUUCCCUGAUGCAGAAGAGGGCUUAUGAUGCAAGGAUUAUUACAACUGAGGAAAGCGCUAAACCGACAAGGGUCAUGCAGUGCUAUAGGAUGCAAGGAAUUCGACAUCUUCCCCUUCCUUGAAUCGAACCUGAUUGCCUCCUAUUCCCCAUGUGCUGUAUGACCCCUGAAGGUUUAGCACUUCCUGUAAGUAUAAUAAUAAUCUUUUGCUACAGCUGUACUUCCCUCUACAUUGUAAUGUAUCAGUAAAUAUAUAUUGAAUUGCACAGUAAAUUGAAGAAUUGUGAUACUGUUAAUUUUGGGUAUAAAAGGCAAUUUUUUGUUAUAUCAAGACUAAUAUAAAUAGGUUGGUUUGAUUUAGAAGUACAUACAGUAGUAUGUUUUAAGUGUAAAUUACACAUUUAUAUAUUAGCUGCAAAGCUCUCUAAAAUGCUGGUGGGAUUCUAGAAUAUUUUAUUGUUUUUAAGGUAUUUUAUAUAAGGUACUAUAACAAUACGAGCCUGUAAGUCUGUUGUGGUUCAAAUUAAUUUGGAUAUAAAGUUUCACACUUCUAGUCAUGGGAUAUUUUAUAUAUAAUCAUAAAGGUUUUACAAUGUAUUAUUAUUAGUCAAAAUCAAGUGCUAAACCCACAAGGGUCAUACAGCACUGUCACAGUGUAUUAUUAUAUUAUUAUAAUCAGGGGAAGUGCUAAACCUGUAGGACUAUACAGCAACUGUGGGGGGAAGGGGGGAAAUGGAAGGUAUUCAGGCUUAAUUCAGGGAACUGUAGCACAGAUCUAAUUCCCUAGAUCAAGAGCCACUCACCAGCACCAAAGAACCUUCCUUGAGGGGACAAUGUAUUAAAAAUUUUUUGAAGUUCAGGAUUCAUUAAAUGAUUAAAAUUGUAUUAAUGGUAAUGUAAUUAUAUGCUAAAAAAAAUAUAUAUUAAUUAAAAAAUUAAUGUUUUAAUCUCAAAUUUAUUGACAUCUUUUAAAUGUACAGUAAUUUAAAUAAACAUAUACUAUUUCAGUAAUGUCUUGCAUUACUCUACACUUCUGUGCAUCUUAUAUUGUUUUCUUUUCUCACAGAUACUUUCUUUCCCCUUGAAGAGCUUUUAAAUUUCUUUUUUAUUACUCCUCUCUUCUUAGGUCACCACUGUUGCCAUCCCACUGAUCUCAGGCAACAUCUUUAUGUAUGUACAGGAGGGCCCCACUUAUACAGCGGGUUAGGUUCCAGGCUACCGCUGUAAAGCAGAAAUCGCUGAAAAGCAAAUCACACUUUCACUUAUAAAGUGCAUAUAAAUGCUUCAUAACAUGUUUACAGUAUCAUAUAUUAAAUGAACAGUAUAAAUAUACAUCAUUUAAAGUGCCCCAGAUUAUUACCAUCAACAUACCUUGUUCAGUGAGUUAAAUCAUUUCUAACAACUACCCUUAGAUGCCAUUGUAAAUGAGAUGAAUGUUUAUUAGUUCCUGUCCACUUAUGGUUCAUACAUGUUCAUUUCACAUGUGCUUGUGAAGCUUUUACCACGAUACAAACCCUUUAUAUUGUGUACAAGUUGUCUUCAUAUUGGUGCAGCAGAAUAAACAGCAACACUCCCAUUCUCAUGCAACACACCACUUUUAGAGUGAAUGACACUAUGAGUGAGGGCAUAUGAAAGGAAUAAUUUUCUAGUUACCCCCAGUAAUACUAUUGUGUACACAUUUUCUCUGGUGUUUGUCAGACUAGAGAAAACAUAAUUCUUUCAGUCACCCCCCUGGCAACCACAUCUCAUAUUUGUCAGUUUGUUCUGUGGGUGUAUUAUGUUUACAUGUUAUGUAACAUGUUUCUUAUAUGACUCAUGAAAUCGUAAUGACACGAUUGCAAACAAACCAUACCACGGGUGGGGUUUGAACCCACGGUCAGUGUCUCAAAACUCCAGACCGUUGCGUUAGCCACUGGGCCAGCUAGCUUCAAUAAGAUUCGUCCAACUAGGUAUAUUUCUACAUCAUAGGAAGGUUAGCAUAGGCACCACUGUGUCCACAAAUGGAAGUUUUUACAGACGAAUCUCCCGCUAGCAUGACCGUGACGAACUCUAGCUCAAGUCCCCUCAAAGCCGUCAACAUGACUCACAAAAUCGUAAUGACAGGAUUGCAAACAAACCAUACCACGGGUGGAGUUUGAA